AGCGCAGGGAGGCGGGACUUGUCGGAAUACAGGUGGGAAUAACAGAUACGUAUGUCACCUCAUGAGCCCUGAAGAAAACUCUUCUCUCUUUUUGCGCCUUAAGUGUUGAUAUGGAGAGGACACCGAUCGUAAGUGAUUACGGAUCCAACUAUGGCACGGCGAGCCCUGGCUACGCGCCUUCAGCAGCGGCCGUCCCAGCCAUGGCCGCCGCCCCCGCAGCAGGCACAAAUGCCCCGUCUGCGCCCCCAGCCAGUAUGUUUGACAAUGUACCAGGCUACGAGGGAACGGUUGCAGGUGGAGGAGGUGGAUACCUUCCUCCUCCUAUGCCGACAGUGCCAAUGCCCGUACCAGAGUCUGGCCCUGCCCAGCCCAACUGGCAUAUUCCCUCCAUCACAGAGGACGCUGCACGUGAGGCCUUUGUGAGCUACGCUUCCAGUAAAUGCUGUUACAGCACUGGACCAGCCAAAGAUGGGGUCAUCACCAGCAUGGAGCCUUUCAACACCUACAGGUAUCGCUUGGAGACCUUCACUGAGUCCAGAUCCACUGAGUGGAGUCAGGAGCCAUUUACCAAUCAGCCUGUAGAUGCAUUUAUCCAGCGUGUGCCAGGGCCGUGGGAGGUAGCAGCCCAGACUCCUGCCUUCUUCCAGGAGAGCACACAGAACAUCAGAGUGCCCUACACCUCCUCAGUUAAGCCUUGCCACAUGUGCCUGGGCAUGAGGAGAACACCGUGCAAGGAGUGUGCAGGCUGUGGGACCAAAGUCUGCUGGGUUUGUAAUGGCACUGGUUUUCGCCAAGACAACGAUCGCUGUAUGCACUGCAGCGGCCGUGGGAGGGAAAACUGCAAUUGGUGCAGUGGGCGUGGCUCUAAUGACUGUCAAACCUGCCGCGGGAAAGGACAGCUCCUUGUCUUCAUCAACCUCAAGGUUCAAUGGACCAAUAAUAAGGAGGAUUUUGUGGUGGAGCAGUCGAGUGGUCUGAGAAUGGAGAGUCUCAGUAAGGUCUCCGGCAGGGAAAUGUUCAGAGACUGUCAGUAUAUGGUAUACCCAGUGAUGGGUUUCCCAGAUCCUGCAGUGGCCCAAGCAUCUGAACGCUUGAUAAGAGAACACCAGUCCAGGUUUGCACAGACUGCCCGUAUUCUGCAGCAGCGCCACACCAUAGAGCUGAUCCCUGUGACCCGGGUGACCUACUCAUGGAAAGAGAAGUCUCACAUUUAUUUUGUGUUUGGGAACGAGAUGAGCGUGAAAGCAGACGACUACCCGGCCACCUGCUGCUGCUCUGUGAUGUAGUUCAGCACUGUGAAGAAUCAGACCAGUGUGGGGAAAAAAUGGAGCACAGUAGGAUUGAUUUAGCGCCUGGUUACUGAUGAAGUGCAAUGUUUCUCAGCUCCAGUCCUGCAGACUCCUUUACACCCCUAAACAUCCUGUUCAGCACAUGAAGGUAAAUAGUAAUUUGCUGAUGGUUAGACUUGGAUGUGGCAGAGCAGGGAAUAUACUGAGUUGUGCAGUACGGGACUGGAGCACUCUAGAGCUAUUCACUGUUUUCUUCAACAAUAUCAACUGAUUUCACUUAUGUUUUUAACUCUUUAAAGGGGAAUCUCAUAAUUUUUUCAAAAUUGCUGCAUAAUUACAUUGAUGCGAUGAAAACAAAGUAAUUCAGAGUGGUUUGAUGUGAAACGCUCCACUCUAGAGAAAUUUGCCCAGUGAGAGUUGUUCACAAUGGUUGUGAUAGGAACCAGAUGUCCAAAGUGUUUACUGUCUGUAAAAAGCUACCUCACACAAUUGCCUUACAGAUUCAAAUGAUUCUAAAUACCUGCUUGCCUGAUGCCUGAGACAACAGUAGAAUGCAUAAAAUUUGGCCUGAAAUCUAUUUUUUAAUACAUUCAUGGCAGAGAGACACAUGCAGGGUGUUAGUAGGCAAAAUAGUACCCAAAGAAAACUGUUUUUUUUUUCAGAUGUACCUCUGUUUUACAGUCAUCAAUAUUAAAAACUGGAUAGUAAAUAUUUUCAGUGUAGACAUUGCAAACCCUGGUUCCUGGCACCACCAUUAUUAGGAACAUUUGAGUGGUCGAGUUUCUCUAGAAUGCAAAACUUCACUUCAGCAAUUAAAUUCUGCAGAAUUUUUAAAAUAUUGGUGGAAUUCCUCUUUACCAAAGAAGGGUUUCUAUUUGCAAUGUCUCUGCUCUGCCUGUAGUGGGUGCUAUUUAGGGAUUCACGCAACAUUACCUUGCCAAAACUGACUUCAAACUGAUUAAAUUUAUAUCAUUAACAUGGAAGUUGCUGGAAGGGAAAAGGCCUGAUGUGCAGAGGCCUGUCUGCUGCAAUUAAAACACAUGAUGCACUAUGGCAAUAAAGGUGUGAAUUAUAAAUG